UGUGUUUUUUGCCUUCAAGGAUCCUCACAAUGGACUUAUGCAGCAUUCUACCAAUGGAUAAUGAGCAAUGCUGUGAUGCUUUAUAUCAGUCAAUUCUUAUCUGCAUGGGGUGAUCGUAUGUGGAGCUUCACUGUAGCUCUAUACCUGGUUGAGAUCCAGGAACAAUCUCUCCGUUUGACGGCCAUCUAUGGACUCUGUGUUUCCGCUUCGUCUCUCAUCUUUGGUGCGGCCAUUGGAAGAUGGGUUGAUAAGACGCCCAGAUUAAGAGCUGCCCGAACUUCCCUGAUCAUCCAAAACAGCAGUGUCCUGAUCAAUGCUUGCCUCCUGUGUACAGUCCUCAUCCUUAAGACGGACAUCCUGCAGAUCUGGAAUGGUGGCCUCUACAUCAUCUGUCAGCUGAUCAUCAUCAUACUCGGUACCGUGGCAUCACUGGCUAGCCUUGCCGAGAUGAUCUGUAUCCAGAAGGAUUGGGUGGUCGUCGUGGCUGGUGGGGACAAGGAUGUCCUUGCUAUUAUGAAUGCAAACAUGAGGCGUAUAGACCUCGUCAGUAACAUCCUAGCUCCCAUCGCCGUCGGUGCCAUCAUGACCGCAUCUAUGCUGAUUGGGGGUAUCUUUGUUGCAUCCUGGAAUGCCGGUUCCAUGGUGAUUGAGUACUGGAAUCUUUCGAGGGUGUACAGGAAUGUACCUGAGUUGGCUUUCAAAGGAGGCGUAGGAUGCACAGAUGAAGCUCUUCCUGAGCAAGAGGUCACAGGUCAAUACUCUGAAUUGGGCGAACCAGCCAUCGAAGCUCAAAGCGAUACCCAAGAAUCGAACGAUAGGGAGAAAGAGUUAACCGAGGUACCACCAGCCACUCCAACAUCACCAGUAUCAGCUUCCGUAUCGGCAUCAGCAUCUCAGCCAACCACCCCGGCCUCUAUGACGACCAGGGAGGAGGAUGGGGAGAGAGAGUUUACAGAGAUACCAGUCACUCCAGCAUCAUCGGCCCCUGCACCAUCUACUCCAGUAACCAUGGCAACAAAGAAGGAUGGAGGCUGCUGCGGUAGAGUGACUGCAAAACUUAAGGAUAUGUUCGACGGUUGGAAGGUGUACAAAUCCUACGUGGAGUGUUGGGCCGGUCUAGGUAUGGCUUUCCUCUACAUGACUGUCCUGGGCUUUGAUUCCAUCACUCUGGGCUAUGGCUACUCACAAGGUAUGCCAGAGUAUGCCAUGGGAAUCCUACAGGCGCUUGGAUCCAUUACAGGUAUCUUCGGAACAAUGCUUUACCCAGUCAUGAGAAGAAGAAUCGGUCUAGUGAGAUCUGGACUCUACUCCCUUGGGAUUGAGAUAGCCUUCCUGAUGCUGUGUGUAGGAUCACUAUGGGCUCCAGGAUCUCCUUUCAUCUAUGAUUAUGGGAACAGCACCAUUGAUGAGAGUCAGAGCAGUUCUCCACCUCUCACUUUGACGACCCCUCAUGUGGGGGUCAUGGCGCCACCUACUGUCGGUACAGGUACAACUCAAGCCCCAGACCUGUCCAGGGUGCAGUGUAAAUACACAGGCACUGAUCAACAACAGACGUCUCUCGUGUCCGCUGCUGUACUCUUCACAGGGAUUGUGUUAUCAAGGAUAGGAUUGUGGGCGUACGACCUUGUCGUGACCCAGCUGGUCCAGGAGAACGUGGUGGAGACGGAGCGGGGCGUCUUCAAUGGGGUCCAGAGGGCGCUAGAGUGCUCGUUCGACAUGAUCCACUUUGUCCUGGUCAUAGUCCUUCCAUGUCCAGAGACGUUCGGCUACCUGGUAAUCACAUCCGUCGUGUUCAUCAUAAUCGGCGCGUGUUGCUACAUGGUGUAUUCGUACAAGAUAAGAGGACACUUGGUCCACAUGGAAAAGUUCACGCCAUGUUUGAAGAACGGUCAUGUCUAAUAAAGCCUGGGGGGUAUUUCACAAAGAUUCUAAGUCGAACUUAACUCUAAGUUGGACUUACAAAUUAUGAAGAGCCAUUUGUAGCCUUAGAAUACAAUAUAUUCCAAACCAAAAUUCAAGUAUUUCAGACUUUUCAUGAAUUCCACAUCAAGAACAU